AUGAAAGAGAAGGGGACUCAACAGACAAAGGAAGGAGACCAAAAACUUGCUGAUGGUGGAACCAUACUUAUUGUGUUCAUUAGACUGGACCCUGGGAUUGGAAAGAUUUCAUUAUGUAAAGCAUUAGCUAAGAAAUUAUCGAUUCGAUUUAAUUCAAGAUUCCCACAGUGCCAGCUUAUUGAAGUGAAUGCACAUUCUUUAUUGAGUAAAUGGUUUUCUGAAAAUGGCAAGCUGGUUGCAAAACUUUUCCAAAAGAUUCAAGAAAUGAUGAAGUCGAAAGCCUUGCUGCGGCCAGAAAAGCUGCUAUAUCCGGUUCAGAUCCUUCAGAUUCUAUUCGGGUUGUAAAUGCAUUACUAACUCAGAUUGACAAGUUAAAAUCAUCUCCAAAUGUGAUAAUCCUAACCACAUCCAACAUAAC